AUGGUCACAGCAGGGCUGGGCAGCCUGGGCCUGAUGAUGCCACCGUUUGCUGCACCAAACGUCAACAAUAAUGACUUGAUGGCAUUUUAUGAGGCCCACUUCUCUGGCGCGGCGGUUCGCAAUUUCAAAGCCGAUUUCUUCAACCCAAAUCAUCAGCCGGACGCUGCAAUUGCCAAUGCCUCAAUCGAGGAAAAUGGCGAUGUCUUUGAGGAAGAAGACGAUCUCGGCUACUAUCACGACGGCGUCAAACGCACGCUCACUGAUGAACAAAUCGCCAUGUUUCGCCAUUCUGAGCUCGAAACCCUCAAGAGAGACCAGGAACGACGUUCAACAGUGCCACCUACAAGUCUAGAGGCUGGUGAGAAUGGCGAGGAUAGGAGCCUCAUGGCGGCUCAGUCAUCUCGCCAGCCAGGCAAGACUGUCAAGAACAAGAAGAAGAAAAGGGGGAAGGGCAAAAACCAAGAGCCGAAGCCCGACCUCCGCAAACGCACUUGGGAUGUCGUCGAGUCGGGUCUUGACACCCUCGACUAUGACUGA